GUUCCAAAAUCCGAAAAGGUCCACAAAGGCAGAAUAGGAGAACACCACGCGACGUGGAACUUCCAUUCCGUCCGCCCUUAUUCCCUCUCUCCCUCCACCGGCUUCCCUCGCAGAACUCGACGUCUCUCCCUCUGCCAUAUGCUAGAUCUUUGCCGCAGGACCUACCAACCGUUCUGAAGGGGGGGCAGGUACGAGUUGGUUAAAUUGCCGAUGGAAGUUCUAUAAGGUCGAUGGCGGGGGCGGACCUCAAUUUCGCAGGCGAGAUCGACCUCGUCAAGUAGGCUAUUUUGGCCUCUAUUUGGUUUGGACAUGUUGGGCAAUUCCAGUCAUUGUGAAGCACUGGGAAGAUGAGCAGGAAAAUGCAGCACUUGCAACAAUGCAAAAUGGCGUCCCUCACACCAGGCGUCCUACUGAAGCUGCUGGAGCGCCUCAAAUCGAGGUCCACCGUCCCAUCUGGUGAUCACAAGCCUAUUCUCCUGCAGGUCAUAAGCAUAGUCCCCUCUCUAACCGGGUCAGGCCUCUGGUCCAGCCAGGGCUACUUUCUCAAAGUAUCAGACUCCUCCCAUUCCACCUACGUCUCCCUAACAGCUGACGACAACGACCUCAUCUGUACAGACAAGCUGCAUCUGGGGCAGUUCAUCUACAUAGACAAGAUGGUGGAGGGCAACCCAGUGCCCUUGGCCCUUGGAGUUAGGCCCCUACAAGGUAGGCACCCCUUUGUAGGGACGCCUAAAGACCUAAUGCAGAUGAUGGUGAUCUCUGAAGAUGAUGACUGUGAAUCUCUGCCAGAGAAAAAGGUAGGGAAUAGUGCUGGUGGAGGUGGCUGGGAAGGGGACAACGAGAAGUUGAAUAUUAGAGCUUCUAUUAAAGAGGAGAAAGUGUCUGUUGCUUCAAGGUACUUGAAGUCGUCUACAGAUGGGAAGCAGAAGAAGGGUGGUGAUGGUGGUGGGAGGGAGGGUGGAGGUGGGAAGAAGGUUGAAGAGUUGGGAGUCGCCAAGGACAGAACAGUUGGAAAGAAAAGUGGCAUUAGCGAAGAGGUGAAGGACAAAGGAAUUAAGAACAGAAGUACAAAGGAACAAAAAAAGCAGAGAAAUCGAACUCAGGAUCAGAGGCCUGUCAGCGCUGGCCGUUAUCUUUCCAGAAAGGAAAACAAAGAUAAGGCGCCCGGUAUUUCUACAACGCCACCAUGUGAACAAGUUAGUAAUUCAUCGAAACCGAAAGCAUCUGCGACAGGGAAGUCAUCGCCAACGAAGGCGUGGAGAAAACCGGAUACCGUCAAAGCUACAGCUCGCACGGACGAAGGCGAGUCGCCUCGACAAGCAAUUAGUGAUAAUAAAAAACCUACAACCUGUAGCUCUACAUGGAAGUCUCUUCCUCCUGAGGCAGUGAAGCUCGGCAAGGAAGUGGUAAGAAGAAGAAAUGUGGCUUCAUUUGCGGCAGCCCUCGCGCUGGAAGAAGCUGCUGCUGCAGAAUCGCUUGUUAAGUGUCUUAGCAUGUUGUCUUCUCUGCAAUCUUCUUCAUCAUCAGCAGACAUUCCUCUUACCUUCGCCAAAUUCUUUGAUCUGCACCAAACCCUCAUCUGUGCCAAGAAAAACAGCUCCCUGGCAAUAUUUUCUGGCAAAGACAAGCUUAAUACGAGUAAAGACAGUCAGAACAGGAGCUCAUGCAUUGUGUCCAUAGAAACGCAACAGAAGGAGAAGAUAGAAUGGAGAACUGGUGAUGGAGGGAAAGAAAUACUGGAGUUAAGGGCCGUCCUCCUCAAAGAAUCGGAAGCGUGGUUCUUGGACUUCUUAGAGAAGGCACUAGAGUCCCACGGUCGGAAGACUCCGGCUAGCGGAAGGUCUAGACUGCAACGAAUGGAUGUGAGGUCGGCAAUUGGUAUUCCUGAGAUGAAGAGUAUCAAUGACUGGUUAGAUGGAUGGUUGGUCAGAAAGAAGGAAGAAGGGUCAGAAGUUGGCGAAGUAAAUGACACUGUUGAGAGGUUGAAGAAGAAGUGUUACGAAUAUCUGCUUAGCCAAUGAAAAAUUGCAUAUGAUGCUAGAAUAAAACACUUCAAUCCUCUGAUUAUGAUUUUGAUAUCCAUGGCAUUUGCCUACCCAUGUUGGUACGCAACUUUGCAGAUAAUGAAAUGGUUUCAUUAAUUAAGUUGAAUGUUAGUUCAAGUCUGUUGUUAAUGUUUUCCUAAAUAAGUUGAACAUGUUUAUUUUAGAACU